UGUACAGAGCAGGGUACCAUCCAGGCUGUUGUCUGUGAGGGGUGGGGUCCAGCUUACACUGACACCACCAAACACAAGCCGACAGAGGGACACCAGAGAGAGGCAGAAAAAAAAAAUUGUGGAAAAGAGAGAGCGAAGAGAGAGGGGGGAAGAUUGCACCUGAAGAGGAAUAUUAUACGGGAUGAAAGGAGACACCCCAGUGAACAGCACCAUGAGCGUCGGCCAAGCCAGGAAGCUGGUGGAACAACUGAAGAUAGAGGCUAGUUUCUGCAGGAUAAAGGUAUCAAAGGCAGCAGCCGACCUGAUGGCGUACUGCGACGCACACUCCUGCGACGACCCCCUGAUCACCCCCGUGCCCACCUCAGAGAACCCCUUCAGGGAGAAGAAAUUCUUCUGCGCUCUGCUUUGAGACCAAUCAGGGAUUGUUGUGAUUCAAAAAGUACAACUGUACAGUAUGUACAUGUAUGUACAGUGUGUACAUGUACGGUACUUCCAAUCUAAAUAAGACAUCAAUGUACUAUAGUAACCUUGCAUAAAAGCUGCCGAUGUACAGUACAUGAAAUCAAGUACAACACUAAAUUCUUUAACUGCUAACGUCUGUCUCGGUGUUGGAGGGGAAGAGCAAAAACAAGAAUUUGGAACAAAACCUACACAGUCAAUCAAUAAAGAGUUAUUGAAAUGAUAAGACAUUUAGAAAAAAAAAUAGCUAUCAUCGGGUGGAAAACACAGACAUUUCAUGCUCAUAUAUAUAUUUACAGGUAACUGCCGAAAAAGGAAACAGUCGGAGCAGUGAGCGUCUUAAACAGACCCAGGAACAGAUUCUAACAGUGUUUGUUAACUUUGAACUAAUCCCCACACGAGGUCUUUAGAUCCUGGUGGUGCUGCAGGUCGAACAUGAGGCUCCGAUCAGGUCAGUUCUCGUAAAUAUUGACCAGACAUUUUAAAUCUGAAGAAAAAGUCAAGCCUAUGUUAGGUCAUAUCUGAGUCAGAGCGGCGUGUAUCCGGAGGUGAUAACACUCUCCUACAGAUUAAUGCUCAUGUUUCCUGUUUUGGCAGUUACUUGCAUCUAAGGACAACAGCUGUUUGAGUGGAUUAUUAUCAUAUUUUUAUUUUUUAAUUUGAAGGUUUUAUGAAGAUUUUAGCAUUUCUUGCUCAUUUCUAUACUUGUUGCUGUAGUGUGGAUGUGGACGUGUGUGUGUUUGCAUAGGUGCUACUGUGAAACUUAAGCAACAAUUCUGAGCAUUUGAUCACCGUCAGAUCCAGAUUUUAUAAUUCAAUAUAGCACACAGAUCCCAAAAACAAAAAAAAAACAAAAAAAAAGAAAAGAAACAUUCCAGGGGUUAUGGACAUUCAGUAUAUGAUGUAAGCCAUUAAAGCAAAAUCAGCUAAUCAGUUACUAUGAGUCUGUUACGUGAACAAUUUUCUAUUUCUUUAAAAAGGCAAAAAAAAUAAAUACAGCAGUUAUAAUGUACUUUUAAAAAGACAGGUGUGCAUCGUCAUUUUAACCAAUCAGGUCUGAGAGGUUCUCCAGAGCAGAGGGGUCCAGAAAAUGUAGAGGAAGCGCCUGAUGUUUCUACUUAUUCAUGUGACGUGAGGACAGAUCGCGACGGACUUUAAGAUUUCACUUUCUUCGUGGUUAUUUCAACACUGACAGUACAGACGGUGGUUUACUUCUGUUAAAUCAUAUCCUCACACACACACACAAAAGAAAACUGAUCAUCAUUUUGGAAGUUCCUUCAGACAUGAUCACCGUGGCAACUUUGCAAAUCAACUUUUUGGGACACCCCCCCUGCUCUGGAUCAUUUACAAAAUUAACACAUGUAUUUUCAAUAUCUUGCAAAUGUCGAAUUUGGAGCAUUGGCAAGAGAGUAACCAUGGAAUAUCAGGCAUUGAAAUAAAGUCUCCUGUUAUCAAAUGGUUUCUGUUGCUGUGAUUUUAUUCAUCAACGCAUAAAAACAAAAAUACAAAAAACCACCCUCAUGUCCAAAUCUGACACAUUGCCCUUUUAUUUUAUGGUUUUGAUAAUAACAGCAAUAUAAAAACUGAAGCAAUAUUUCACAGUCAAAUGCAAAACACACGAGACAGUUUAAAAAACAAAAAACAAAAUAAAAGCUGCUAGAUAACGAUUUCCUCUUCAAAAAGCCGGUGAUGUGUCAAAGAACACAAGCGUGGACGUGCACUACUGCAGAUUAUAGAUUCAUCUAACAUGGAUUAAGGCAUCUCAUGUUUAGAAAGACAGUCAAACACAACAGAACAUUAUUAAAAUCCAAGCUUAAGAGUUAACAUUUUUUGAAUCGUUGGGUCUUGAAUCUGGACGAUAUAUUGAUAUUAUCCCAUUGCUGUGAUGUCUUUUUCCUUUAAGUGAUGUUGUGUUUUGUAUCUUAUCAGCCUGUUCUACUUCUUGGUCAUAACUAUAGGUUUGAUUUAUCGCCCAGUCCGAACAUUUAUUAAAUGCUUUUGAGAUAUUUAGCAUGUAUACAGUUCCAUCCCUUCAUUUUUGAGAUUUUGUGCAGAAUAAGAAACAAGAUUCUGUUGAAGCUUAAAAUACAAACAAUCAUACGAGUUCAGCAGGUCAACUACCUUUAGCCUCUUUACUGUUAAUGAGCAAACAAACAGGGUGCUGACUGAUUUACUCUGAUUAAAGGACAAUGGCAUAUCUGUUAUCAAAUGGUUCCUGUUUCAAUCAAUUCUGAUUUCAGUAUCAUCUGGCUUGUAAAAUAGCUUCUUUAAAUGUAAAGCCUGCAGCUCACUCAUCAGCAAUAGACGGACACGAUUUCUGACAGCGUUCGGGUUUGUUGCAUGGGCAUCUUUAUUUAUAUACAGUACAUCAUCUCCAUCUUUAGGUUCCAUCAAGGUUUCAGCAGACCAGAUGUUGUCAUCUGGCCGCGCUGCUUCAACAUGUUCCAGAUCACAAGUUAAACGCUUUCGUAAUAAAAACACAUCGACCGCCAAGACCGUCACGUCACCGCCGGUCUGAGGUUUAGCUUUUGUAAAAUCAUAUCCUCUGCAAGACACUUCAGACAAUCCACCUCUGCGAGAAGUAAUUUAAACAUCGUUUGUGGACAGAACAUGAUACUUAGCUGUGAUAUGAUGUGAGAGUUUAAAAAAAAAAAAAA